AUGACUGUCACUUCGCCAUUCCAGACAGUUCACACAGGGCCAAUGAUCAAUGUGCAGUUAUUCUCAACUUACUUUGGCACUUACUUUCCUGAGCCCGAAGCUACUUCUUCAACGCACAUGUGGCCCUCAAUUAUAUCGAAUAUCAUGAGCCAGCCUCAAAAAAGCGUACUACUCCAAUAUACAUGUGCGUCAUUGUCGCGUGUUUAUUUGGGCAAGGUUAAAUCGGAUAAAGUAUUGUUUUACGACGGUCUCAGGCGGUUUAACUAUGCAAUCCGGCUAUUCUCUAAACACCUUAACCAAAAUUCCUACGCGGAGGAAUUUGUUCACGCUGCUGUUAUUUUCCAGGAGAUUCAGACUUACUUUUGCCCAGAAUCUAUCAUCGAAUUGUUCGCCCAUAUCGAGGGACUUAACGCAAUUCUAAGAUACCAAGCUCCCAAAGCUUUCAAUAAUACAGCAAUUACUUCUGCUUAUCUGCAACACGCUAAACAGAGGACGCUCUUCUGGCUCUUUCAGCAAUUAACAGAAGAUGAAAUCAAAUUUAUCCAAGAGCCCUACGAUGGUACACCGCUAUCUGGUGUACUUUGGGGGUUUUCCGAAACUGCACGUAUCGGAAAUGUGCUUGAUAAAGUUAAUAAAUCCAACCGCGAACUCUGCCAGUCUUUGUUCAAUGAUUGCCAAGCGCUUGAGGAAUUUUUCAAGCAGCUUUAUCCCGAGAUCGAGACUACCGGCGGCAAUAUCCCAACCUACGCUCCAGAUGAGCUAAGAACCGAGCUACCAGCUACUGAUAAUAUAUUCGGCCCUGCUUAUCGGUUUUGGUCCUUGGAUGAAGCCCGGUUACAUACCUGGCUCUGGGGAUCAAUAUCGCUGUUCUAUCCCGUUUUUGGUCGAUGUAUACAAUUUCUGAAUACCCAUCACCCUGAUCUUCUCCCCGCCUCCAUUGACCUAACUGAGUGGGGAAGCUAUGGGCUUCAGAUGGCUGCAUUCUACGCCUAUGAAUCUGCGAGGGCUAUGCCGUACUGUGCAAAACCAUGCAUGGGAACUGAGGGCACAUACUAUGCACCACAUGGUCUGUUCAAUAUAUCGAAAUUAUGCUCACACACCAGAAACUGGGAAGGCUUGGUCUGGUGUGACAAAUCACUUAGAAUCAUCGAGCGUUCAGGCAAUGAUACUGCAGGUCGACUGCGUGAGUAUCUGUGGAAUUACUGGUUCGAAGUGGAUGAACAGGCCCCCUUUGAUAAGAGUGGAAUUCAUAGAGGUCACGGAUUGGCCAAAGUGGAUGCCGUUGAAUAUAUUAUGUCGUAA